CAAAAAGUACUUGUUUUUAAUAGAAAUGACACAUGAGUAAUUGUAGAACAUUUCCUUAAUUAAUAAAUUAAUAAGUUGACAAUAUCCUAUGUGACAAAUUGUAACAUCACCCAUAUUAAAACAAAACAAAAAACUCUCUCCCUGAAAAAUAAACCUUUCUUGACCCCCAUGUUUCUUCCCAUCCAUCACUGCAUUUUUCUACUCCAUUUGAUAGCAGAACUCCCUACAAAUGGGAUGCAUAUUGUCUCUACUUCCUGUUCCCACUUGUUUCUCAUCUAAUCAGACAUUUUUCUCCAAAACUCUACUGAGAUAUCUUUCAUCGAAUUUCAUCACAUUGUCGCAUUCAAUAAUCAGUUCUUAGUCCUUAUCCUGACCUAUCAUUAAUCUCUGACACAGAUGAUCACUCCUUUUUUCUUGUCACACUUUCUUCACUUCAUACCACAUCUCAUGGUUUUCUUACUACUUCAGGCAAUUCUCGUUCUCAGUCUCCUGCAUUGGAUGCUCCUCAUCUUCCCAACUUCCAACUGAGUUGCCCCAGAGCUUAGUCACUGGAAUCCUUGUCUUUGCUUCUCUCCCAGUUCUAUCAUUUCAGUAAAUGGCACUAGCAUUUACGUGAUGUCUUAUAAACGUUUUCAUGACUAGCUUAUUCCAAAUUAUAAGACUUCCUCAUAGAUGAAAAAUGGACAUUGAGUAAGAAACAUAUUCCCUUCUUUAUCCCAAACUUAGAAGAAGCAACAAGCAAGCCACAAAACAAAACCAACUUCUCAGAAAAACAUCUAAACUUUGUCCUUGGGACCACUACUGAGGUUGUCAAUGAUCUUCCAGGGGCACACAUUUCCUUGGAAUCCAAAUGAAAUGAUACUGGUCAAGAGGCUGUUUGCCUUAGGUGUAAGGUUACAUAGACAGGGUGUGUGUUUGCACAGAAAAAUCUUUACUGUGACAAUCAGAGCACCUACACUUAAGAAGAACACACUUGAAGGAAGCUAUGCAGCCUGGAGGUGUCAGCAGGAGAAAAUCUAGUCUUCUGGGACAGGAGGAAGUUUAGGGGCAGUUUUUGGCCACUUUAUGAUUUGGGGAGAUUCUUGUUCUUGAAUAAGCUCACAAAGGUUUGAUCAAAAAACAAAGAUGUAGAUGGGCAGGGAGGAAGGAGAUUUCGUCUUCAUUCUUGUUUUCUGUAAGCCACCAUUGGCAAGACUACCUACGUGUAGGCAUGGGAACCAGUUAAAGAAAGUGUUGAUUCACUGGAGUGAAGCUGAGAACUCAGUGGCCUUUGUGUGUGGUGAAUGUGUCCGGAAAAGCAAAGAAGAGCAAGAUUCUCCUGUGGAGUUUCUCAUCUCCAUGGCGGUAGGUGCCGACAGCUUUAGAGAAAGCACGAAGGAGCAGAAAGAAAAGAACCCUGAGAUGUCUAGCUACAGUGCUCUUAGAAGAUGAAAAGGACAUGGGGUUUUGAUCAGAACUUCAUUAUCUGUAACUAAGACUAAAGGUGGAGCUAAAAUAAAGGAGUUGAAUCUGAAAUAGCAUCCCUGUCAGUUCUGUGCUAGCCUGGGAAACACACAAGGAAGAACAAUCUCCUGUGGAAGAGAGAGGACGGCGGAAGGUGAGGACUACCUAUUACGGCAACCAGAAUGUCUUAACUGAAAACCUAAACCAACAAACACCAACACACCUAGAACUAUUACUACUACGAAACUCAGCUGGAUGCCCCAAGGGUACAGGAAAGAAUGAGCUAUUACGGCAGCAGCUAUCCGAUUGUAAAUGUGGACCCCAAAUACCCAGGCUACCCCCCAGAGCAUGUUAUAGCUGAGAAGAGAAGAGCGAGAAGACGCCUGCUCCACAAAGAUGGCAGUUGCAACGUGUACUUCAAGCACAUUUUUGGAGAAUGGGGAAGCUAUGUGGUCGACAUUUUCACCACUCUUGUAGACACCAAGUGGCGCCAUAUGUUUGUGAUAUUUUCUUUAUCUUAUAUUCUCUCCUGGUUGAUAUUUGGCUCUAUCUUUUGGUUAAUAGCCUUUCAUCAUGGAGAUCUGUUAAAUGAUCCGGACAUUACACCCUGUGUUGACAACGUCCAUUCUUUUACAGGCGCGUUUUUAUUCUCCCUUGAGACCCAAACUACCAUAGGUUAUGGUUACCGCUGUGUCACUGAAGAAUGCUCUGUGGCAGUGCUCAUGGUGAUUCUUCAGUCCAUUUUAAGCAGCAUCAUAAAUACCUUCAUUAUUGGAGCUGCCUUGGCCAAAAUGGCAACCGCUCGAAAGAGAGCACAAACCAUUCGGUUCAGCUAUUUUGCACUCAUUGGCAUGAGAGAUGGGAAGCUUUGCCUCAUGUGGCGCAUUGGUGAUUUCCGACCAAACCAUGUGGUAGAAGGCACAGUUAGAGCCCAACUUCUCCGCUACACAGAAGACAGCGAAGGGCGGAUGACAAUGGCAUUUAAAGACCUAAAGUUAGUCAAUGACCAGAUCAUCCUUGUCACACCAGUAACUAUUGUCCAUGAAAUUGACCAAGAGAGCCCUCUGUAUGCCCUUGACCGAAAAGCAGUGGCCAAAGAUAACUUUGAGAUUUUGGUGACAUUUAUCUAUACUGGUGAUUCCACUGGGACAUCCCACCAAUCCAGAAGUUCCUAUGUUCCCCGAGAAAUUCUCUGGGGGCAUAGGUUUAAUGAUGUCUUGGAAGUUAAGAGAAAGUAUUACAAAGUGAACUGUUUGCAGUUUGAGGGAAGUGUUGAAGUCUAUGCUCCCUUUUGCAGUGCCAAACAAUUGGACUGGAAAGACCAGCAGCUCCACAACAUGGAGAAAGCCCCACCAGUCCGAAGCUCCAGCACAUCAGAUACCAAGGUCAGAAGAAGGUCAUUUAGUGCAGUUGCCAUUGUCAGCAGCUGUGAAAACCCAGAGGAGACCACCACCUCUGCCACAGAUGAGUGUAAAGAAGCACCUUAUCAGAAAGCUCUCCUGACUUUAAAUAGAAUCUCUGUAGAAUCCCAAAUGUAGUCCUAAAUUAUAAUUACAAGGGCUUCCACUCAAUCGUUAAACUCUCUAGCCAAUCACCUUAAGGCAAGUAGUUAUAAUCAGGGUUUCUCAAGAAUGUUAUAUAGUAUGUUUGAUAGUGAUGGGGGGGUAAGAGCAGGUUAAAAUCGAUAAAAGAUAAUCUAAAAAUUACAUAGUUUCCAAUCAUUUGAACUUUUUUUUUGGCUAGCAGAUUUUGUAUUACAAAAGCUAUUAAGAACCUAAUUGAUUUUAAAUUUCAUCUCUUUUAUUGUCCCAUAUACUUGUAUCUUCAAUUGGAGGUGUAAUAUUCAGUAAUGGGGAUCAAAGGUAGGGUAUUGGAAUAAAUAAAAAUAGGAAGAUAGGCAGGCAGCAUGAAUAACAAAUUUUUAAGUGUGUCAAAAUUGAUGGUAUAAUGAGUGAUUUCCUAUAAAAGUGUCAUGUCAUCUAACUGAGAUAUGCAAGAUAUGCAUUCAGUAGAUGGUAAUGCUGAGAUAUUUAAGCUGGUUCGAUGUUUGUCGCUCAUAGUGUCUUGGUAUCAGCAGGCAGAGGUAGUGGCUGUAAGAAAUAGGCAAUGCCCCCAAUUCAGACAGUUCUUCCACUGCCACUUGCCUGGAUAAUGAUCAAUGAGUGCUAGAAACUAUUUUUCCUCUAACCCUUUAGGCAGAAGAAAAGUUGACACUAUUAUUCAGAGCAGUAUUUCUCUCUUAAAUGCCCUGGUUGACUCCAACAAAUGGCUUUACAUGCAAGAGCAGAAAUAAGGCGACUAGAACCUUUCUAGGUUCUCUGACAAGGGGGCUUCCUAUGCCCACCUCCCACCUUCUCCAAGGACAACAGGAAGGAACAGGAUCAUAGAGAUGGGGUGAGGGAAUAGGUGGAAGUAUAAACAUUCUCAGCUAUUUAGGAAAAAACCUGUGCAUGUGUCUGAAUGACUGAAGCUUGGGCUGGGACCUUUAUUUGGAAGGGAGGUGGGCAAGGGGAAAGGUAUUUAUUUGCGCCCAGAAGCAGUUGUGUAUGAUUCCUGUCUUGGUCAUUUUAUAAGACAUAAAUGACUUGAAUUGUGGAUUUUAAGAAACUCAUCCAUUGAACUUGGAACAAUCAUUUAAACUGAAGAUUUUGUGAAAUCUAAUUAAGGUGAUUUAAAUGCACAAUAUUAAGUGGAUAUGCUGAGCACCAGAGAAUUGCUUAAAUUUUAGGAUAUGAGAUAAAUUUGUAUACUCUAUUUCCAUGUUAAAAGAUGUUAAUCAUGAUUAUUUGAACUGCAAAUCCAAUCACUUAUGAGUGAAGAGUCAGUCACUUUAAGCAUUAUAAAUUGAAGAGUUAUUAGCUACAUUCAGAAUUAUCUGUUUUGUUUUACAUUAUUGCUAAGCUGGCAAUAUGUAUAUGCCACAGCUUUUUAUUUGUUUACUUUAUUUAAAUAUAUAUAUGUGCACAUAUAGUUUUUGUUUUUUCUGGAAAAUCUCUCUCCCUUUCUCCCUUUUCAUUUACGUUAAAGCACACAAGCAAAUUGAAUCACAUAGUCCACAAUUACCGAUAAAAGUAAAAUAUGGAGGUAUAUAAAGUUUUUCUUCUUUUUCCUUCUUCCUUCCUUCCUCCUUUCCUUCCUUUCUUUUGCCUAUGAGCAGUAAAGUUCCUUUUUAAAUGCACAUGUACAAAUCUUUUAUUCUUAUUAUUUUAUGGACAAGAGAUUUGUUCAGGUCACAAGUUGUAAAACUGUCCUGAAGCUUACUAUCGGAGAUCUAAAUAGUGCAUAUUUUUUUUCUGUCUUGCUUCACGAAAGCAGAACUCAUUUUUUAAAUUGCACCUGCCCUAUAGAUUUGGAUUUUGUAGCAGCAAUUACUCAGCUAAAUUAGAGUCCAACAAUCCACUACGUAGAAACAACUACCACCACAAUAAACAAAAAUGUCUUUAUUUUUUCCUUUUGUUAGCUUGUUUCGCAUCCACCUAGUCUCAUUGCACUUUGCUUUACUUCCUGGACUCUGCCUGUCCGUGAUCUUGCUUUGUCAGUUCAGAAUAGAGACAUCAAUGCCCAGUAAGUACAUUCUGUUGUACCAUGUGAUUCCAUCAUCAAAUUCUCUUGCCCAGAAUAGAAUGUAAAAUUGACAUUCCCAUGUAAUAUUUAUAAUUUUCUGUUUAGAUUUAUAACAUACCUUGACACGCCAAUGAGUUACUUGAUAAUAAAGAUCUUAAAAUAGUGCAAAAA